AUGGCCUUCUGGGUGCAGCUGAUGCUGCUACUUUGGAACAAUUUCCUGCAUCAUAGGAGACGGCCGGAUCUCAUCUGCAAAGUGAACAACACCGGCGGCCCACAGAGCAUGCCCAGUGAGGAGCCAGGCACCCUCAGCACCUUUAACUACUCUUUGCAAGUGAGCCAAACCUUCCAGGACCUGGCCCUGUUGAAGGAUAUCCAGGAGGUGUCGGGGGUGCUGGGACCCCAGCUCUUCAACUUCAUGAAUGACAGUGCAAAUGUAGUCAUACUGCAGCAUGGCUUCUGGGCAGGCAUCACCUUCCUGGACCCCAAGGCUUCCCUGCACCCAGAGCAUCUCCCAGGCCCAAGCCACCUACAUGUCAAGAUCCGUAAGGACGAUGACAAUGUGAUCAGAAGCAAUCUGCACGGUGUGCAGGGUGAUUUCGGGUACCUGCAGCACCUGCUGGAGCAUGCAGCGGUGAGUGUGAUUAGCGGCAAUGUGUCUCUCGCCAGCUUCUAUCUGCAGCAGGUGCCCUACACUUGCUACGUGAAUAACACGGUGACACUGACUUGGAGGAAAGGGAACCAGGCAGCCAGAGUGGCAGGGCAAGGACAGGCCCCUUGCUUUGAGCCCCCUGCUCUGUCUCUCCAAGCCUUCCCGAAGGUGCUAGAAGACUGUGCUGUGGACACAGACCCAGAGGAACCCCUGACACUGACCCCUGGUGGCCCCACAAAUGGUAACCAUAGACAACACCUGUGCGUAGGCGUAGGCGUUAUUCACCUGAACAUAACCAUGGGGCUCAGGAUUCUGCCAGAGGGGUCAGCCCUGGAGGACUGGGAGCUGCAUGAGUUGCCCCACCCUGCUGGGGCUGCCCCAGAUACACAGGCCCUGUGGGGCUCUGGGCUGGAUGUUGUGGGCCAGGUACAGGGAUGGACACUGACUUGCCAGUGGCUCUGGGCCCUGCUUUUCAACCGCUUUUUGUUAGGUGGGGAGAGCAGAUGAUGGCCAGUCCUUCGGAUCCUGCUGCCCACCCUAUGUGUGGGCCUGGCACUGGUAUUCAGCUUCAUUGUGCCUCCCUUUGGGCACUACCCAGCUCUGUAUCCCAGCAUAUACAGUACCCAGGUAGCCUUCUUCGGGUGUUGAGAUGCCCCAGAGGACCCCAAAUGUGUCCACCUGCUGCAGGCGCUGCUGGAGGAGCUGGGAUCGGAGAACCACUACUUGCAGAAUAGCCCCCAUAGGUGA